CGCACACUGCACACAAGUGACCUUGCAGACUUCUGACCGCCAGAUGGAUAGUAACAGGGCUAGACAACGGUUGGAACCGAUGCAGUCUGUUUCACAAGUUGGACCAGGAGUUACUUCUCGGUCCAACACAGCGACUCACUCUGAAGCAGUUCCAGGUGUAUCAUCGGCACGCCCACUUUCUGUUUCUGUGUCUGAAGCUCAAAAAGAGCAUCUCGUUGACACAGCAUACGUCAUGAAGAAUGUUUCGUUUCCUAGCGUUUCACCACAGGUGUUUGAAGAGUCAACCUCAUUGCUGUCUACAAAGGUCCUGGAAUUUAUAGGUUUGAACCAGAUUGGAGAGCUUUGUCAACAUUUUCAAGUCGAUUUUAUUCCACAUCGUGACACUAUAGCAGUUAGAGGGAUGCAUACGGCGGUGGCUGCGAUGGAGUCUCAUCUACGACGAGUCAUUAGCUUGUACUCACACAAUGAGGCAUACGCUCAUGUGUUCCACAAUUACACCGCUGUUGGAAGUGUUCCAAGAAUGCCGCCUCCUGGGUUUCCAGGGAAGCGAAUGUCAGACCAGUGGGGUGACAGAAGACAAGUUCUAGCGCCAAAACAUGGCGAAACGUCACAAUUGUCUUUUUCAGUUGAACCAGCAAGUGCUUUGAAAGUAAAUUUUGAAAUAUUUAAAUUUUUGAAAUGUAAUGUUAGCGCCGUGCAAGUUAUCGAGGUGCUAGAAAAGAAGUACAAAGUAGCAGUUAGGCAACGCUUUCCACUUUCAAGCCCAAAUUCCAAAGAAAUUUCAUUAGUAGUUUCUGCUACCAGUGAUGACUCUCAAAUUUUGCAAGGUUUGGAAGAGUUGAAACAAUUUUGUGACUGUUUGAAGUGUCUGACUAUUGAAAUAUCUAAAUUGGCUGUAUCAAUAGCUAAGCAAGUUAAGUGGGAGCUCUUCAACACUGUUGUGACGUUUGAGAACAAUUUGUGUGUGGUAGUUGGAAAUAAGGAAGAUGUAGCAGCAACUGAGCUGAUAAUCAAAGAAAUUGACAUAAAUUGGUCUACUAGUUCUGAAAAGAAUGCUUCUGAGAACAAAUUUAUACUCCAGGCUGGUCAGAUAGUUGUUGUUAAAAAGGGCAACAUUGUGAAUGAAGCUGUUGAUGCAAUUGUAAAUGCAGCCAAUAGAAAUCUUGUUCAUGGUGGAGGAGUUGCAAAAGCAAUAUGUACAGCAGCAGGCAGUGACUGGUUUCAAAGGAAAAGCAGUGAAUUUGUGCAGCAGCAUGGCCCCGUCCAAAUAGGAGACGCUGUGGUAACAGAUUCAGGAAAUCUCAAGUGCAAGAUGGUUGUCCAUGCAGUAUCUCCUAGUUGGUCAAGAGAUGAGAAGAAACAAACGCAGUGCACAAACAUACUGAAAGAAUUGUGCUUGAAGAGCUUGUCUCUAACAGAGAAAAAAGGCAUGGAGUCUAUAGCUGUACCACGACUUGGCUCAGAGAACUUUUGCAUACCUGAUCUGAAAUGUGCUAUGACAUUAAUAGGUGCUGUAAAACAGUUUUUUGGGGACAAUCAUAAAUCAUGCAUCAGACGCAUUGUAUUUAUUGAUUUGAAUGACAAGACUGUGGGAGCAUUUGUUUCACAAGCUAGAAAGCAGUUUGGCACAACUGCCCAAUCAGAGAGCAAACAGGAAGACCAGCAAACAGGAAGACCAACAAACAGCACUCUUGUUUGAGUUUGAAACUGAACUAUAGCGCUGUAUGGCUUACAAUUGCUGUAUUUACGGUACAUGUAUAAACAGCUUUCUUGCUAGUGAUUA